AUGGUUGAGUCUUGGUUUUUAGUUUCGUCCAUAACCGCCGACAGCAGCCUCUUCGCCAGCAACGGCUCUGUGAUGACAGCUCCGUUGAACACGAUGCUGAUCAGUCCUGACUAUUACGUUCAGGAGACGCCAGCGAAAGUAAGCAGCAGCGGAGACAGCGGAUAUUGCUAUUUGCUAGCCUGUGAUUCGCAGAAAUAUGCAAACUACCAAAGCCAGUCAAUGCAGUACGGCAGCGGCGGCUGCAAUGCGUACAGCAUACUAUACCCUCAGAAUUCAUGGAUGAAUCCUCAGUUAUCCGCAGCCGGUCAGGCAGCGAAUCAAUUGUACAACCUCCGAAAUACGGUAGGAGCCAAUGCAAAUACGAACGCACUGACGUUGACCGGCUAUCCGAAUAAGCGAAUGCUUUGA